UGAGGAACUGUGUAGCUGCAUCGGAGGGGAACAAUGAAUACUGCGUCGCUAUUUCAACGAGAAGUGGCGGCUUUUCGUCUUUCUUUCCAUAAUGAACUCAACUCACGACUUGUUUCCUACAGGCCCUCCUUGACGUUGCCACUUUCGUUUCAGCGCAGUAGAGUAGUUUUGUUUUACGAGAAACUGUUGUACCAUUCGAACGCUUUUUUGUCUUCAUAUCGGUUUUGUUAAGACGAACGGAACUUUUCUUCAUCUGACAUACAUAAACGACGAAGCAUUUUGAUUCGAUUUCAGAUACUAGAAGGUGGCUCGGACCAGCAUGGGGGGUGGUGACAUACUGAACCGCACCGGGAAGGAGGGCUCGGUCCUCUUACGGGAGGAGACCAUCAACAGCCACAAAAAGGCGGCGCUGCUCCAGCACAAACAGAACAACCACGACCUGCGGGUCAGAAAAGCGGGCGCGUUCAAGAGGCUCGAACCGGUGCGGCACCUGCCCAUCACGCAGCAGGACGUCAACGACCACAGCUGGGAUGUGACCAUGGAGAGGAUUGGAAAGGUCGUGCAGAGACAGGCGGAAAUAAAAGGUACUUUUACUAGGUUAAUGACUUUUAUAAAUUGUUGCUGAGGUCGUUGAUGUUGUAGUCGUAGUCGUUUACUGUGCGGCAUGUAAGACAGUCUGUUCUUAUGAAUUAUAUGCACGAAAUUGACAAAGACAAUUUCAUUGAUUUGUGUUGCGAAAAAUCCAAAACAGCUUCGCACUGCCCGCCGCGAGACAAGUACAAAUAUUGGAAUGGAAUGCCAGACUCGAUUAACAUGCAAAAGUGGAUGGGAACCAGACAAAUGAGCAGCGAAGAAACGCCGUUUUACGGUAUUGUACAGAACAAACUGUUCCAUGUUGAUGUUAGGUAUUUAUUGCUGAGGUGUGAGGUAGCAGCUCUCCCUCUCUUCAUGCGUUUGCAUAGUGAAGGCAGUCUGUCCUAUUUCUCUCACUCGUUUGCACGUGUUUUGCCCCGGAGAGCGACUUGUGCCCACGUUUUUUUCAAAAAAAUUCCCAGGUUCGACCUACAAGAUGGAGAUUGGCGGGGAGCCACCCUACCUUGUCACGCAAGACAUCGUCAGUCCCAAGCUCGACUCGGCGGCGCAGACGAAAUAGGUUGCAAAUUGAUAUUAAUAUGCAAGCAUCUUCGGUCUGGGUCCUGGUCCUGCUUCUGCAGGUCCGUGUGGUUACUUACCAUGACGCCGUCGCUGUGCGAUGGAGUUCUGCCACCGUAGCUCCCGGUGAGAAGUUGCCCUGCUGCUGCUCGUUGAAGAAGAGUUUUGUAGUUCUGCAAAUGUACAAUACAUACCGGUGGGUCACCGCUCAUGGUUUCGAACUUCAAAAAACAGUUAGUUAUAUAUACGCCAAUGUUUGUGUUGUGACCUUUUCAUCUGGAAAUCCACCCUGGUGGUGUGGAAAAAAGUGAAAGACAAGGUCAGGAUCAGAU